AUGUGUGGCAACCAUUCUAGACAGUCUCGCGGCGGUGCCCUCGCCGUACUCAGUCUUCCGUUAAGAACCACUCGAUUCAUGCCUGCAGUGACGACAGGUCAGCUUACAUUCCACGACUGUGGGGAAGGAAGUUCUGUCGCUACUCAUGUCACGUUCGUACCCGACGAAAACAGUGGCAACAGUAGCUUCACUAAUUUGGAUUCAUGUAUCGUUGGUAUCCAUGAGACUGGAGAUCUCACGAGGUCUGCUAUAAUAAGUCCUUUUCUCUACAAAUUUAGCUUGACGCGGACACAAUCGACAUUGCAAGACGACCAGGAGCAUUCGAUAGAAGUGCCUCUUAAUCAUCCUAUGAAAAUAGAGGUUGGAGGUGAAGGGAUAAUUGGUCGCAGGGUUACUCUGUGGUCGCAGCAUGCCAUCGAUCCCAUCGCAGAGGGAAUCAUAGGAUACAACUGA